GGUGAAGUCGACUUCACAUCUACCCAUUCGUAAGAGUGCGUUGCCGAGAGAUGCAGGUCGCCUCCUGUUCCUCUCAUGGGCGCUAUGGCUUUGAAAAGAGCACAUCCUGGAGAGGAUGGAGGAUCGGAGGAGGCCGUGCGGAAGAUCCCAAGACUGAUUGAGAGCAACGGUGACCACGACGUAUGUGAAGAGCAAUGCACUCUCGAUGCCGGUGACGGAGAUGUCGUCGUUCGAUGUGGCCAAUGGGCCUGGCGGUGUCACAAAGACAUCCUCGCCUCGCGCUGCUCCUUCUUCAAGACAUGCUGUGAAGGUGGAUUUACGGAGUCCACAACGCACGAAAUCGGUCUCCCCGACGACGAACCCAGGGCCGUCCAAGCCAUGCUGCGCUACCUCUACACCCUGGACGUCACCCAGAUCUACCGCCCAGGCGACCCGCUCUUCAGCGACGUGGAGCGCGACCUCGACGUCUUCGUGGUCGCGGACAAAUACGGCUUGGACGAGCUCCGGGCUUACAUGAACGCGAAUUUGGUGCUGUUCUACGAGACCGACCAGAGACCGCCGCGUGACCCGAAGGGAUGGAGUGCGAAGAACCAGGAAGGGUUUGGCGGGGUGUUGAGGAAGCUGGCGGAGCUGGACACGGACACGACGGAGAUCAAGCGGGCCGUGGCGAGGUUCGUCGUGCGACGGGACCGGACGGUCAUGAAGUGGGCGUCGGUGCGAAGUGCGAUGGACGAGCAGUUGUGGCUGGCGGACGAGGUCGCCGCGGCGGCACUCGCCGCCAAGCGAGAACUGGAGCAGCGUGUCCAGUUCCUGGAACGGGAGACAGAGGAGCUCCAGGAGAAGCUCGAGCGCGCGCACGACGAGAACGAGGAGAUUGCCGGCGAGGUCGAGGUGCUGCAUGGCCUGCUCUCGGGCGCCGCCUCGGCAUAUGUCGAGUACGAUCCUCAGGCGGAUGAGGAGGACUGCUGGACCUGUCACGCGAACACAGGCUGGUAGAGGUCGUGGCUUGACAAAGCAGGUGAUCCCCAGUGUGGCCAGAUACCUAGGUAGUCAAGUCCUGUCCUAGUCAGGCACGUAUCUAGAUGCCCAGAAAGGCGCAAAUCACUUAUAG